AUGGCAUCCAGCGGGCCCUUACCAAGCCCGGCAGCAGCCGCCCCGUCGGCUUCCUCGAUACCGAACCUCAAAGACCGCCUCCCCAAGCUCGAGCCCCGUAAGCGCCGCCCGCCACCCACCAACCCGACCCCCGUGCCCCCGACGCCCCCGCUGCCCGCCCAGCUCGAUGACCCUGCCGGCUGGACCUACGCGGUGCCCUCGCGACGCAUCCUCACCCGGGCGGACCUCGAGCUGUUCCUGGCCUCGCCGACGUACGACCUCCUCGUCGGGUGGGUGUUUGGCCUCGCCGACGCCGUCGUCGACACGCCCCGGUCCGCGCCCGCCGUCCGCGACGACGCCGUGAGCGAGCCCGUCCGCACGCUCCUGGCCGUCCUCGACGAGGCCAAGACCCUCACCGAACUGGCACCACCCAACGAGCAAGGCGGCUCGCGCUUCGGCAACCGCGCCUUCCAGGGCUUCGUCGACCUGGUGCGCGCGCGCGCGCCCGAGUGGCACCUGCGCCUCAGGCUCGACGGCGCCGCCGCCGCCGAGGCCGGCGCCUACCUGACGCAGUCGUUUGGCAACCGCGACCGCAUCGACUACGGCUCCGGGCACGAGCUCAACUUUGCCGUGUGGCUGCUGUGCCUGUACCGCGCGCGGGCGCUCGGCGCAGCGGACCUGCCCGCGCUCGCGCUGCGCGUCUUCCCGCGGUACCUGGCCGCCGUGCGCGCCGCCCAGACGCUCUACUACCUCGAACCCGCCGGCUCCCACGGCGUCUGGGGCCUCGACGACUACCAGUUCCUGCCGUUCCUGCUCGGCGCCGCCCAGCUCCUGCGCCACCCGUACAUCACCCCGCGCGCCGUCCACCACGACCUCACCCUCGAGGAGGCCGCGCCGGACUACCUCUACCUCGACCAGGUCGCCUUCGUCAACGGCACCAAGACGGUCCGCGGCCUGCGCUGGCACAGCCCCAUGCUGGACGACAUCUCGGCGGCCAGGUCGUGGGCCAAGAUCGACGCGGGCAUGCGGAGGAUGUUCGUCAAGGAGAUCCUUGGCAAGCUCCCGGUCAUGCAGCACUUCCUGUUCGGCUCGCUGGUCCCCGCGGCCGAGGGGAUGUGCGCGGAGGAGGAAGUCGAGGCGGCGGCGGGUGGCGAGCACGAGGGCGAAGAGGGGCAUGCUGGGCAUGCGCACGACGGCAAGGGCUGGGACGACUGUUGCGGCAUCAAGGUCCCGAGUAGCAUAGCAGCUGCGCAGGAGAUCCGGAAAAUGGGAGGCGCCGAUGCGCUACGGAGGAUUCCAUUUGACUAA